AUGAAGAACUUCAUUGCCCUCGCUGCCUUCGCUGCGGGCUCUAACGCCCUCGUUGGCCGCAGGGAUACCUGCUGUUUCUCUCUCAGCUCUUCUGGCGGUGCCUCCGGUACACUUGGCCAGUUGGGUGAUGGUCAGAACCGCAUUGGCGAUGAUAGUCUGCAACCCGCACAGUACUGCAUCGACGACAACGGCGCCAUCACUGACUCCAAUGGCCGUGGGUGCAUCCUCACCCCUCCCACCACUCAACUCCAGUGUGACGAGGGUGUGGCUCCUGCUCCUGGUUUCUCUAUCAACUCCGAGGGUAGACUCGAGUACAACAACAGCCCCGACUUCGUUGCAUGUGCCACGGGCCAGAACGGUGCCCUCAAACUGCCACGACCACUAUCACUGUUACUGAUUGCACCUGCCCCUACCUCUGGUGCUCCUGGUGCUCCCGGUGGCGGUCAAGCGUCGGUUCCUGGCCCUCAGCCCACCGCCCCUGGUGGUGGUGGUGGUGGUGGUGGUGAUGGUGGGCCGCAGCCAUCUCCUAGCAUGCCUGCUCCAUCCGGCGGCGCUGGUGUUCCGCCCUCUGUUACAGAACCUGCUCCCGGCGGCGGCGGCGGCGGCGGCGGUACACAGCCUGGUGCCUCUGCUAGUGUUCCUCCCCCAGGCGGCGGCGGUACGCAGCCUGGCGUGUCAGUUAGUGUGCCUCCUCUCACCGGCGGUGGUGGCUCUGCCACCGUACCUACCCCCACUGGCAGCCCAACAGGUGUUCGCCCUCAUCCCACCGGCGGCUUCGGCAACACAUCUGUUCCCGUUAGCCCUACCUCUCCCGCCACAGCCACUGGCACCUCUGGCGGGGCUUGUCCUACUACCCUCACGGGUAACUACGAGAUCCCCCACCUUAUUGUCCGCGUCGACUCGUCAUCGCCAGACACGUCUGCCGGAACUGGGCUUAAUGGUACCGUGACCUCGACCAUCUCGACCGUGUUCAACUUCGACAUCCCGAACUCCGACGCUGGCAAGACAUGCAGCCUCGUGUUCCUCUUCCCCAGGCUUGAGGAUCUCGAGACCUCGUCUUACACCUUCAGCGGCGAUGGAAAGAUUGACUUCGCUAAGCUCUCUUCUACUGCCGAUUCCUCAACAUCCUUCAGCAACGUGCCCUCGGUGUCCCAGGGCCUCGGCACCAUCACUGCCUCCCCCGGUAACUCAUACGUUAUCUCUACCUUCUCUUGCCCGGCUGGCCAGGCUGUCACCUAUCAGAUGAAGAACGCUGGCAGCACUGACUUCAACUUCUUCGAGGACUGGAACCCCUCUCCUCUCGGUCUAUUCAUCACCACUUGCUAA